GGAAUUCCGACCAAUGUUUGAAUGAGCAACAUUCACCUUAUUAUGAGUGAUUUCGUUUUAGUAUCCGAAACCAAGUGAUAAAAAAGUAUUUUGAGUGUUAUAAAUUAAAGAUUACAAGUCAUACAAUGGGCCAAUUGAUCGCUAAGCUAAUGAAGCGUGAAUGUCGUACAAAAUUGAAAUGUUUGAAGACUAUCGAUGACUCUUGCCUUGCGCAAAAAUACCCGAAGACACUACAGCGAUUGGAUAUAAUGUCAUAUAUUGGACGAUUUUAUAAGGAUGAGCUGAACACAUUUUUCAAACUGAAUCCGAAUGUACGCAACCUUGCCAUCCACGUAUUUUGCAUGUUGAUGAAUCAAAGCUCGCUCAUCGAAUCGAACAUCAAGUUAGAUGAUUUAACCAUUGACGAUUGGAAAGUAUUGGAUGAAGUAUACGAUCUAUUGAAUUGUCUUCAUGAGCGUGGCUUUUAUAAACGAUUACACUACUAUGCGGUAAAUCGUAUCCCACCAAAAGAUAAGCUAGCAAAAUUGCCUGGUCUUGUUACGUUAUUCGUACAUUCAUGGAAUAAUGAUCGGGUGAUUGAACUUCCAGAACUGUCUAGCCUGAAAGAACUGAUUUUUUAUAGUAACCAUAUCUACAAAGAAUUGGAAAAAAUUCCUAAUUUAUGCAUUAAUCUCGAGCGAUUAGUCAUUGUUGACGCAAUUUUUGAUGACAUUUUGCCGUUCAUUCGCCAUUCAAUGAAAUUGAAAGAGAUCGAAAUUAAAUUUCUCAAUGAAAAUACACUAGACAUUGUAAGGCUAGAUAAUGAACGCAAAAAACUGAAUGGAGCACAAAAAGUGAUCAUCUUCGUUAGCGACAAACUUUAUUUUGCGACAAAGUGCAUUACAAACGAUGUUAUUCUCGAUUUAAUUGAAAUAAAAAACAACGAUCCGCAUGAACAAGCACACAAUUUCCAAUCGCAAUUUUUCCAUUUAUUUUCGGAAAACAGAGUUUAUUAGUUAGAAGUAUUGAUUGUUUCGGCAAUUUUUUUUUCUUAAUACCAAUUAUUAUUUUCUUUAAAUGUACAAUUUUUACAAUGAAAACCGAACAGUUUUUAAUUAUUUUAUAAUUAUUCAUAAUAUUUCAAUGAAUAAAGUAUCAAAAGUUUAUUUUUGUAAUCAAACGAAUGCAAAAAAUGAUCGGAGUUGGAUUCUUUGAGUGAAUGUGAUAUAGAAUUUUGUGAUAAGUAGUUUAUAAUGUACUGAUAUGUUGGUAACGCUACUAAGUUCAGAACUCAACCGAAUAUGAACAAAUACUUUAAAUAAUUUUUCACUUGAAGUUUCACUGUUCCCCCCAAAAUAUAUAUGAUUAAAUUAUCAGU